UUUUCUUUUGUCUUGUACCUUUCCUGUGUUACUUAUUUGGAUCUAUACGAAUAUAUUAUUAUAUUAUAGACAUUCAACAAGAUGAAAAUAAAUGAUGUCUACUAUACCACUAUAUUGGUCGCCGCUAUUAUCGUUGCCACACAUUGUACACCGAGCACAAUCAAACGUGGUCUAUCGAACUCAAUCUCAUCAUGUCUACGGUCCUCAAGAGAAGUUGGAAAGGAAGACACCGAGUUGAUGGAGACCAAAAUAUCUGGACCACUGAGUACCUCUUCGAAAAAUCUUAGGGCGUCUCGCCGAGGCGCCGACAAUGUAGUGCCAAAUCCGCAAAUGCAACACGACCAUUCCUCCGUUGAAGAAAUUGAUAAAAAUACAAAACAAUUCUUGGAUUCGCUUAAAUUGAACAAGUAUAGACGCACAAAGUUGGAAAAGAACACCAGGGACCAAGCAAACGCACAGUUGUGGCAUACAGAAAGACGGAAACGCUUAACCGCGUCUAAUUUCGGUCGGGUUUGUAAGAGAACAUCGACAGUGUCCUGCAAGUCGAUAGUUUGUGAUCUUAUGUACGGCACCUUUCAGUCGGCAGCGAUCGAUCAUGGCAAAGCAAUGGAACCCAAAGCCAUACAAUGUUUACAAGACAAGAUGCACGUAGUUGUAACCCCAUGCGGCCUAGUUGUCGACAAAAACUUACCGUACUUGGCAGCCUCUCCAGACGGUUUAGUAGGUAAAGAAUAUGUCGUGGAAGUGAAAUGUCCGUUUGCAUCAAAGGACACUACUGAUUUUGCUGAGGCUGUGAAAACCAAAAAAAUUACGUUUAGUCAGACAUCAACGCGUUUAGAAUUAAAAAAAAAUCACAAUUAUUACUAUCAAAUCCAAGGACAAUUGCACAUGACCCAGAGAAAGUAUUGCUAUUUUGUAGUUUAUACCGACCAUUGGGCCGAAGUAGAAAUAAUUACCUACGACGAUUCGUUUUGGCAAGACCAAAUGGUACAAAAAUUACAACAGUUCUACAUUGAGUGUUUACUCCCGGAAAUUAUUAAUCCACAAUACGCAGAAAAAAAUGUAGUUAGCGAUAUAAGAGAUCCUCAAUCAACAUUGGAUGAUACAAAAAAAAAAGGAAAAAUAGGCAACCUAUAAUAUUCUCCCUGGUUUGAACCGGACACAAAGCAAAAAUGUCAAAAAAAUAUUUGGUUUUCCACGAGCCAAA